GCCAUAGACACAGUCAGUCACGCACACCUGCCUGCCGUGCACAGUCCUUGCUGGCGCUCGGGUGUCCAGCUAUGUCCACUGACCCAUCCUCUCAUGCUGCCCAGCAUCUGCGCUUUGGAAGACUUCUACGUGCGCCUCUUCGUCAUCUUCCACCAUCUCCUGCGAGUCCUCCCACGGCGAGUGGAGUAUAGUGGAGUAUCUCCCCACAACAACCUCCCUCCUCACCUCCCCGUAAUAAAAGGGAUCUAGUAUACAGCUACACCCAUGGAACUCUAACUAUGGAAUACCACUGGAUAUUGCUGCUGUCUGUUGUGCUGCAAUCCACCUUCCAAACAGGCUACACCAAGCCCACCAUUACCCCGGCCGGUCCACACCUUGUCGUCCCACUCCACAUGCCCUUUGACCUGCACUGCCGUGGCAAUAAGGAGAUGCAGUGGCAACAGGAGGGGCGCCAAAAGGUGCGAGGAGAACAGAAGACGGACGGUAUGUCGGCGCUGCACAUCACUCGGGCCCAGCCGCUCCACAUGGGCCGCUACAUCUGCCUGGAGAGGAUGAGCAGGCAGCAGACGUCCAUCUAUGUCUACGUAAACGAUCCUGACAACCCUUUCAGGAAAUCGAUGGUGUUCAGCAUUCUCACUCGCGUGGGUGAUGCUGCUUCCAUCCCCUGCCUGGCAACCGAUCCCAGUCUGACCAACCUGCACCUGGAAACAUGUUCCAGCGCGCCUCUGGCUCUCGGUCUCAAUUUCUCCGCCAGCCUGGAGAAAGGCCUGGUCAUCCAUGACACGCAGAAGGCCUACGAAGGCUGCUAUGUGUGCGCCGGGACACUGCAAGGGCGACGAGUCAGCUCGCACAACUACCAUCUGACGGUCAAGCCAGUGCCUGUGGCACCCCCUGUUAUAGAGAUGCAAGCGCCCGAGCGGGUCAUCCUCACCCUGAAUGAGAGCCUGGUCCUCACCUGCAACACCACCAACGUCAACGGCGAGAUCCAGCUGAAAUGGGUCACACCCCCUGGCUCGGGUGCCGUCUGGUAUCCACAGCAACCAGCAAAGGUUGACGCUGCCUCGCGUAUCCUGGCCGAGCACUUCAAUCACAUGCGCGGCGCCACCUUGCACAUCGCCGACGUUAUGCACCAGGACGCUGGCCGUUACCAGUGCGAGGCCGAGAACGAGAAGGGGGUCAGCACACGGUCGGUGUGGCUGGACGUCUAUGAUAAAGGAUUCAUCAACUUAAUAUCGACGAGCAACAAAAGCAUCCACGUGCGCUCUGGUGACAGUUUUUCCCUCACGGUUAACAUGGAGGCUUAUCCCAAGCCCCACACCAUCUCCUGGAGCUUCAUGGACCACGAGCUGAAGAACACCAGCGACCACGUCAUCACCACACACAGCCACGGAUACAGGCACAGCAGUGAGCUGAGGCUGGUGCGACUGAAGACGUCAGAAGGCGGAGUUUACACGUUUAAAGCCUCCAACCGUGAUGCCUCACUGAAUGAGACCUUUACCAUCUUUGUCACCACCAAACCUGAGAUUGUAUCUCACGAGGGCCCGGUAGACGGGCAGGUGCGCUGUGUAGCUGAGGGCUUCCCCGCCCCGCAGAUCACAUGGUUCUACUGCGAGCAGCCCUACAUCAGGUGCUCCCAGCAGGUGAAUGCCACCCAGGAGGAGCACAACAUCAUUACCAUCACGCUGUUCAGUCCCAUGUUUGGCAAAACGGAGGUGGAGAGUCGGGUGAAUGUCAGUCGGGGACGGUUCAGCACUUUAGAGUGUGUGGCCACCGUGGAAGGGGAGCAGGCCUACACGCUCUUCUCCAUCAGUGAAAGAACUGUCCCCCACGGUCUGUUCACCCCACUGCUGAUUGGCUCUGUAUCAGCAGCAUCUGUCCUCUGUAUGAUCCUUAUCAUGCUCUUCUACAAGUACCUGCAGAAACCUAAAUACCAGGUUCAGUGGAAGGUGAUUGAAGGAAUCCACGGGAACAACUAUGUGUACAUUGACCCCACCCAGCUACCGUACGAUCACCAGUGGGAGUUUCCCAGAAACAACCUGCGUUUUGGGAAGACACUGGGCUCUGGCGCCUUUGGGAAAGUGGUGGAAGCGACGGCGUACGGACUGUCCAAAGCGGACUCAGUCACCACGGUGGCGGUGAAGAUGCUCAAAUCAAGCGCUCAUGCCACUGAGAAGGAGGCCCUGAUGUCUGAACUAAAGGUGCUCAGCUACUUGGGCAACCACAUGAACAUCGUCAACCUGCUGGGAGCUUGCACUGUGGGAGGCCCCACACUGGUGAUUACAGAGUACUGCUGCUUUGGUGACCUGCUUAACUUUCUGCGCAGGAAGAGAGAAUCUUUCAUCUUCUCCAAGAUGGAGGAAGAUAGCUACUAUCGGAACAUCCUGUCGCAGAGAGAAACUGCGGGCAACAGCUUGAACGGCUACAUGAGCAUGAGGCCUUCUGCCGCUGGCAAACCGCCGCCGCCGCCGCCAUCAUCAUCAUCACCAUCUUCUUCCGGUGAGAAGAGGAGCUCAUUCCGGAAAGGUGGUUCCCACACUGGAGGAGACAGCGAGGAAGAAAUGUUUGACGACGACGGUCUGUCUCUUGAUACUGAAGACCUUCUCAGCUUCUCCUACCAAGUGGCCAAAGGGAUGGAAUUCUUAGCCUCCAAGAAUUGUAUCCACCGAGACCUGGCAGCCAGGAACAUACUGCUGACUCAAGGACGGGUGGCAAAGAUUUGUGAUUUUGGCCUGGCACGCGACAUCACCACAGACUACAACUAUGUGGUCAAAGGCAACCGUCAGCCAGGUUCUCCUACCCAUCAUUCAUGGCAGGCUCGCCUCCCGGUCAAAUGGAUGUCUCCGGAAAGCAUCUUUGAGUGCGUGUACACGUUUGAGAGUGACGUGUGGUCGUACGGCAUCCUGCUGUGGGAGAUCUUCUCACUGGGAAACAGUCCUUAUCCUGGAAUGCCAGUGGACGCCAAGUUCUACAAGAUGAUUAAAGAAGGUUACAGGCUGGAGUCCCCGGAGUUUGCACCCAGUGAAAUGUAUCAGAUUAUGCACUCCUGCUGGGACGCCGAGCCCGUCAAGAGACCCUCCUUCAGGAAGGUCGUGGAGAGGAUCGAACAGCAGCUGUCUGACGCCACCAAGCAUAUCUAUCUGAACUUCAGCUCCAGGCUCAUGGUGUCACCCAGAAAUGCCACCACGGAGGAGGAUCCGAGCAUUCCAAGCUCCAGCACCAGCGCUCCCACCCAGCCCUUACUAUCCCAGCACGAGGUCUUCCUGGAGGGGACAGGCCUCGGAGCCCAGCGGGUGUGAGGGCCCGCCCGGCCCAUCUGUGUGGCUGGCCUCAUUAAAGAAGUGCCUCUCAUGUUCUGCUACCAUGACAAAACACUGUCCCUUACUUCCCCCUUACAAAUCACCACCCUGUGGCACUAAAACACUGGACGCCCAUCAGGAAGAACACUUUAUUAUUAUUAACAUGACUUUUUUUAUCUGCGGCUUCAAGGGAGGACAUUUGAAAUAUGGCAUGCUUCAAGUCACAUCUCUCAUCCAUCUAUUGAAGUUUUUUCCUUUUCAUUACUUUUUUUUGUUACUUGUCGUAUUUUGUUCGGAAAGGAAAAGAAAAAAAAACGCACUGGAGGCACUUCACAUCAUUCCAUACAUAGUGCAGCUUUGGUGUUUUUUUAAUUUUUAUUUGUCAGUAUUAUCAAACUUUUUUUAAAAUGAAGGUGACAUUUAUUCAGGGUUCAAUUUCAAAUGGAGCUACUGGGACACUGGUUAAUAAUAAGCUAUUAGCUUUUGAGGAGGUUUCCGAGUCCUUUCACUGCCAUGCCGCUGGACCACGUUCACAAUUCCUUUGUACUAUACGGUACGCAACCCCUUCACAGACAUGCUUAUGAACUAUCUGUCGCUGGGAUACAAUUUAAUGUGAGUACAACAAAGGAGAAGCUACAUGUAAAAAUAGGUAUUUCCAUCCCCUGUGCGAUCAUUGUUUACAUGCUGUGGUACUGCCAUUUUGGAGAUUUGUUUAUUGUUUUUGUGUUGGCCGCCAGUGCUACUGUUUUAGACUACCGUCACCAUCACUGUUGUACUAACGGCAGUCAUUGGGCUGCAGUUCAUUAAGUAGCGUUCAUGUCAUUGUUCCCCUCGUCCUCUUUUGACUCCAGAUGUUCCCCACACAAAACUUCCUAUCUUUGUUGUGAAGACCACCGGGAAAAGUGUCCUGUUUGUUAUUGUGAAUGAACAUUGUGUGUGUGUGUGUGUGCGUUCGUGUGUGUGGGCGUGAGGAGAGAAAAUGCAACAUCUUGUCUUUGUGCGCUUCUCUGAAUGUUUAAACCGAAUCAUUUGCAUUAUUGUUGUUAUUAUGAUAAGAGGUGCCACUACUAUUCAUCAGGUGAUUUGAAAUGAAAUCGGAUAAAAGCAGUGUCGUUUUUGGGUGUUCGUUUACAUGGCAACAAUAUAUAAUAUUUUGGAGGCAAAAAAAUAGGAAUAACAAUUCAUGCUUAAUUAAUCAACCGAUUUAUAUUAUUGUAACAUUAAUUUUACAAAUAGUAGGAAAAGUGUUUUUUUUUAACUUAAGUACAGCAUAGCUGGCGCUAUGAUUAGCAUCAGAAAAUAAACUAGUUGAGACUGGAUCAACAGCGCCUCUGCUGGUCGCAGCUUAGUCGUGCACUCCACUCCACUAUGUCCCUGUGGCUUCAAGACGCGAUUGACAAUUAACUCCACACACUGACAGAUCGCAAAUUGGACGGUUUUUUUGUUAUUUUACGUUGUACGUAGGGCGACAAACAGUAUUUUUUAAAACAAUUUUGGAUAAAACGCAGCACUCCAUUUGUCCUCCAUACUUUCAAGACGUGAUUAAUCGACAAUUAACUCCACACGAUUGACUUCUUAGAAUUCUUAACAAUAUUAUUUGAUGAAUAAAUGCUAUGCCCAACUCUAGUAAAGAAUCUGGAAGGGAUCGCAAAUUUGGUGCUUUAUUUGUUGUCGUUUACACCUAAAUGCUGAAAAAUAUCGACUGCGCAUGCGUUUUUAUUGCUUAGCAUAGGCAAAGCAAAACAACAAUGGCAACGGUGCUUUGUUUUUGCCUUUGUUUUUAAACGCAUCGCCCCUUGACAUUUGUUUCCACUGCUGCUGACAUCCAUCAAAUUGUAAAGUCGUGUAUUUAAAAGACUACCCGGCACUCCGUUUUUGUUUUUUUUUCUUUCAAGACGCGAUGAGACAGAAUUCUAAACACUAUUAAUCCACUGAUUAAUCGAAUGCUAUGCCCAUCUUUAGUGCAUAGUUCUAAAAAAGGAUCGCUAAUUGGACGGGUUUUUUUGUCGUUUGCGUCAAAAGGUUGAAAACAAUCAAACACAUGCGUGUUAAGAUGUGAUUCGUGUUAAGACUUGUAGGCGCGUGCGUGUAUGUAACAAGCAAAACAAAGCCGCACUGCACUGUUUUAGCGUUGUAGCCAAUUUAUCCGUCAAAUUCUAAAGUUGUACAUUUGCUGACAGAGGUAUUUAAAGGAGUGUUUUGAAUAAAACCCGAAAGGACAAGCAUGCAAGGAGUGCUUUUUUACAAUGGCAUAGCAAACUACUGCCCUGGCAUGCAUAAGACUUAUUUUUUGGUCAUUUUUUCGUUAGUUUCUUUACUGUGUUCGCGUUGUUGUUGUCAUGUAAACGUGCGCCAAAAAAACUCUAUUUAUACUUUGUGUAAGUAUACAGUACAUUUCAGUGUGCAUAUGUUGUUAAGUAUUGUCAGAAGGCGAUGAUCUUAAUGAAGACGUGGUACAUGAAUAUCAAAAGUUCUGUUGCUGUUUUUUUCCCCCCACAUGCGUGUACUCUAGACUUGGUCGCCACGGCAACACUUUUUAUCAUUUCAGGAAGUAAACGGAGCCUGGCAGUCGCAUUUUGACGUUUUCCUCCCUGCAGUUUGCUUCAUAUUUAUUGAACCUGAGGCUUGAUUAACUGUAGUGUUGCUGUGUAUAAUGAAUGUGUUACAUGUGUCAUUGUAAAUAAAGAAAAGUCUAUAUUGAAUUACCAAUAAA